CAGGACAAUGCGACCGGUGCUAUAUUUCUCAAUUUCAAACACAGGGAAAGUGUAGCUUCAUUUGGUUAUCGAUUAAAUAGCGUCUGCUUGGACUGUUGUGGGACCAAUUCAUAACGAAAAGGAUUGGUUUACCGUUGAAAAGUAUUCGGGUAGUACUUUUUCGAAUGGGAAACAUCAGUUCUGAGCAGAGGAUGCUUCACUACACAUGAACUACAUGUUGGGACCACUCAAGUCUUGUGAGACAUAGUAUAGAGACCUUUGGAAACACCCGAAUAUUUAGGUGUCUGUUGUUAUCUUUCAGCACAAGGAAAUCUGAACAGAAUGUUCUACAUGGACGUGCGUAAUGGGCAUUUCGCACAUAACUUAGUAGGGUUCUGAAGACAUUUGCUUCGAGAGCAAAAACACCGAAUUAUCCUGUGGCUUAAAUCGAAAAACAAGGUUGUCGUGCUUCAAUUGAAGCCUGGCCUUUCGGGAAGCAAAACCAGAACAAAGGCUGUGCAGUACUGUUACUACCCAUCUGGACGUCACACCUGAAUGCUUAACUGACCAACAAAGCUUUGACAGGAAAACAGUGAACACACAUCAAAAAUCAAUAUUAGCACAUGCUGUGCUUCAUCCAACUGGGAAUCUGCAAAUGCCUUGUUCUUUAUCGCAUUGAGUGGUGAAUUUCUAAGGCCAAGCCAAAAACAUUUGGAAUGAAGAAGUGAAGCAGACUUUUCCCCCCUUGAUGUGGAUCAUGUUAACAUUCUAGUUAACCCUCAAUAUCAACAAGACUGGACUGCCCAGGCUUUGGAGCUGAGCGCAAAUUAAAUGAACCCUGGUUUAGCUUAAAAUGAGUACAGAGUGAGACAACCCUGUGUAUCACCAUUAUCUUUCAGUGCAGAUUUUACCCACAGAGAGUUAUUGAAACAGGAGGAGACCAUGAAAGCAGCAAUUGAUAGGAAGUCAGGGUCUGAGGUGUUGUGCUCGGCCUGGCUGGAGUGGAGAUAAGAGCUUGGGCGAGAGAGAAAACAGAGUUUGAUGAGACAAGCAGAAUACAAAUCAGUGUCUACUGUCCCUCAGUCAGACUGCCGAAUCAAACCAAUAUUAGUGUGUCUGCUGAAAUGGACAGUGAUUCAGCAACUAUAAUGGCUUUAUUGGUUAUGCAUUGAAAUGGUACGAGCAUAAUCAAAAGCUCUAAUAUGAAACUAAAUAGCAAUCACCUUUUUUGUAAAUCUCAAUUUUGGAGAUUUUGUCUCAGAACCCAGGGUGUCUCCAAGACUGAAAUUAUGGAUAAAGGAUCAAUCAGGUCCCAUGGAUACGUGUGACAACCAACAGUGACACCCAUCAAUGCAGCCCUCGCACCAUGCCGAGAAGACAAAGGAAACCAUAGGCCCUGAUUUGAUUGUGGUCAUGUGGCACAUCUAGACCUUGAACAAAGGAUUAAAGGGGAAAGACAAGAUGGAUCAGGAUAAUAGCUCCGUUGAUCUGUUCUUCACCAACGCCACAGAGGCACUAUGGGACAAAGCCACUCUCCUGGGGCUCCAGAUCUUCCUGUCAGCCAUCCUGGCAAUCGUCACCCUGGCCACCGUGCUGUCCAAUGCCUUUGUCAUCGCCACCAUAUUCCUGACUCGGAAGCUACACACGCCAGCCAACUUUCUGAUUGGCUCGCUGGCUGUGACAGACCUGCUGGUGUCCAUCCUGGUCAUGCCUAUCAGCAUCUUGUACACAGUGAGUAAGACCUGGGCCCUGGGGCAGAUUGUCUGCGACAUCUGGCUGUCAUCGGACAUCACCUUCUGCACUGCCUCCAUCUUGCACCUGUGCGUCAUCGCGCUGGACCGCUACUGGGCCAUCACUGACGCCCUGGAGUACUCCAAGCGCCGGACAAUGCGUCGAGCGGGCCUGAUGAUAACGGUGGUAUGGGUGAUCUCCAUCUCCAUCUCCAUGCCACCGCUCUUCUGGAGGCAGGCCAAGGCCAACGAGGAGGUGAUGGAGUGCAUAGUGAACACGGAUCAGAUCUCCUACACACUCUACUCCACCUUCGGGGCGUUCUAUGUUCCCACUGUGUUGCUGAUCAUCCUCUACGGCCGGAUCUACGUGGCAGCCCGCUCACGCAUCUUUAAGACACCAGUGUCGUGCGGUAAGCGUUUCACCACGGCCCAGCUCAUCCAGACGUCGGCCGGCUCCUCCAUUUGCUCCAUCAACUCCGCCUCCAACCAAGAGGGCCACCUGCACCCCGGAGGGGGAGGCAACACGGGAGGAGUGGCAGUAAACGGAGGUGGAGGAAGCAGUGGUGGGUCGCCUCUCUUCAAUAACUGCGUGACGGUGAAGCUGGCUGACAGUGUGCUGGAGAGGAAACGUCUGUGCACCGCCCGGGAGAAGAAGGCCACCAAGACGCUAGGCAUCAUCCUGGGAGCCUUCAUCGUGUGUUGGCUACCCUUUUUCGUGGUCACCCUGGUACUGGCCAUCUGCAAAGAAUGCUGGUUCCACCCAGUGCUCUUCGACGUGUUCACCUGGCUUGGCUACCUAAACUCGCUCAUCAAUCCCGUUAUCUACACUGCCUUCAAUGACGAGUUCAAACAGGCCUUCCACAAACUCAUCAAGUUCAAGAGAUGCUACUAAAGGAAUGCGAGUAUUGUACAUACAAAAGAUAUCAUAACCCAGAGUUUCCCAAACGUGGGGUCUCCUGAUUUGAACAUGGGAUUGCGAGAGAAACUCUGAAGAAAAAAAUAAAUAAUUGUGCUUGGUUCAUAAAACAGGGGUUACGUCAGUUGGAAUGAAUGUGGUUCUAAUUUUUUUAUGUGGUUCUAUUUUUUUUUGGGGGGGGGGGUAUAAACUACAAAAUAUUAUGAUCCCGUCACUGAAAGAUAAGAACCAGGAACAUGUAUGCGUCUUCGGUUUCCCUCUACAAUGCCCACAAGCCUCAUUAGAACAGAGUGGACAAGACCAGGUACUAAGUCAGACUGUGGAGAAAAGAACAUCAUUCGCUAGUUUUCCAUCCAAUUCGUAACAGAUUUUCAUGCGAAUAUUCUCAAAUCUGCCUAAAACAAUAUGCGCCAUCAAACUGAAUUGUUGAGGAUAAAACUAUCUGCAUGAUGACGUAGUACACAUAAAAGUAACUUUUGCCGUUCAAUCCCCAUGUACCGAAUUAAAAGUACAAGUUAAAUGGGUUUCCAUCACAUUUUCAACUCAACUGAUAGUUUUGCGUUAUAUUGCAAAUGUGCCCUCUCUGGUCUUGGCACAUGCGCUGUAGCCAACAAUUCGCAGAUACAGUGCAGGUAGGCUACCUACAUUGAGAUUAUUAUGGAUAAGGGCGAGAUUAUUUUAACGAAUGAAUGACGUUUUAUUUUCAUGUGAAAUCGCCAAUUGGCAACCCAUCCCAUAUGUGAUUAAUUGACACAAACAAACAUUAUAAUAAUUCACUAUGGUAAUUAAAUGGGAAUUCUUAUUCCGGUGUUCUCUGCAUUGCGCAUCGCGAACAGAGUGAGAAAAAAAGUAAGGGAAAAAUCAAUACAUAAGUAGCCUAAAUAAGGUUGUUUUUGUCAAACAGAUGCCAAACAUUGAUCAUCGGGGCUGCAGGGUAGCCUAGUGGUUAGAGUGUUGGACUAGUAACCAAAAGGUUGCAAGUUCAAAUCCCCGAGCUGACAAGGUACAAAUCUGUCAUUCUGCCCCUGAACAGGCAGUUAACCCACUGUUCCUAGGCCGUCAUUGUCACGGUUUUCAUAUGGUGAAGGAGAGUCGGACCAAACUGCAGCGUGUCGAUUGCGAUCCAUGUUUAUUUAAACAAACGUAAACACGACUAAACACGAACACUACAAAACAAUAAACGAAACGAAAACCGAAAACAGCCUAUACAUGUGUCAACUAACAUCGAACAAGGACAUCAAGACACUCAGGACAAUCACCCACAAUACAACCAAAGAAUAUGGCUGCCUAAAUAUGGUUCCCAAUCAGAGACAACGAUAAACACCUGCCUCUGAUUGAGGACCACUUCAGACAGCCAUAGACUUUCCUAGAACACCCCACUAAGCUACAACCCCACUAAGCUACACACCACAUACAAAAACCCAUGUCACACCCUGGCCUGACCAAAUACAUGAAGAAAAACACAAAAUACUUCGACCAGGGUGUGACAGUCAUUGAAAAUAAGAAUUUGUUCUUAACUGACUUGCCUUGUAAAAUAAAGGUAAAAUAAAAAAUUAAAUGUCACCAGAAUAUGACUUUCAAUAUUUAUUGAAAAGGAGCAUCAAACUCAUCACCUUGCACAUUCACCUCCCUGUGAAGUUCAUCAUCAUUUAUUUAAUCUUGUUUAAUAAACUGCAUGAUUUCCCCGAGUCAUAGUGGGCGGACCACACAACAUAGAUUGAUGAUGGUUAUUACAGUAUAUCAAUAGUUGUACAUAAAGGCGUUUCCACAUUCAUUUUUCUCAUAAUUAAUUUUACCCACACAAAAAUAUCCCAUCAUGUCUAAUGAACAUAUUGUCUGUUGGCAUUUAUACAAUUAUACAGGCAAUUCAUGUUCUGACCGCUUAGAUUUUUUUCAUGCAUCAGUUAAUUAAUCUGCAUGAAAUGGUUGGAUUAAAACAUGGUUAUUGAACUUCUUUUCUACAUAGAAGAUCAUACUAAACGGUUGCCUGAUGAUCUUCUGAACUUCCCAUGACCUUUCUGAUGCAUUUCAGUCACUUCAAACCAUACUUCCUUCAGCAUGAAAUACUGUCAAAAGUACUAUCAGACUUGAUUUGUAAUAACUGUCAUAUACCCAAUUAAAAAAGUAAACAUUAGCCGUUGAUUUCAUCACUUUGUUUUACAGGACGGGGUCGCGGAAAAAUGUGGAUAUUGAAAUGGGUCUCUCGCAAAUCUUAGUAAAUACCGGUAUGGGAAUAUAGGGUCUAUUCAUAUAAACUCUGUACUGUGGCAUUUGUUCAUGUUGUAAACACAUGCUCAUUGUGUUUGGUCUCUGUACAUUUGUUGUACAUUGGAACUUCAUUGACAUGCUUAUGAAGUGCCAUACAUCUUUCAGAUAUUUCCUUACUAGAAAUGUAUGCAUGCAUAAAAAAAUGGAAUAAAAUAUUCCAAGGACUAUGAAACUCAUUAUAAAUGAGGGUUUGGGUUGGGAUAUUACAGACCCCAAAGGAACAGACUUAUCAUACAUGUUUGAGACAAAUGAACGAGUCUCUAAAGAAUAAGAACUGGUCCUUCUUUGGAUGAAAGAGAUCAGGUAAUUCAUCCGUGGAUUAUAAUUCAGCAGUGGAUUAUAAUUCAGCAGUGGAUUAUAAUUGAGCAGUGGAUUAUAAGGCCCCAUUGGACUGGGAAAGACAUGGUAAAUUGUUACAGAAGUGUCACAUACAGAGGCGGAUCUUCCUUAACACGUCUGUGGUACAGUACAAUAGAGAAAUACAUAUAUAAAGAUUCAGUCUUACUGUGUCUCUCUAUGUGGCUGCAUUUGUUUAUGUGUAGGAGUUGUCAAGUUGCUCUAGGUGUAAUGAUGUGUGGGGAGGGGGAGUUGCAGUGAAUGAAAUGUGGACUUAUUUUCCACCUGUGGCAUCAGCUUAUUGUAUCCAACUGAUUAAACUUUAAACAUUAUCCACAUUCGAGGAGCCUGACUUCUCUAUGUAGGAGACAGCAUUUACCUUUGGAUUGAACCUAAAAAUGAAUGAUGUCUUGUUCCCUGGCAACAAAUGAAUCUGCAUAAGAUACUGUAAACCCACUGGGCACACAGUGGUUGAGUCAACGUUGUUUCAAUGUCAUUUGUCAGCCGUUUGUGACGGGGAAUCUAUGUGGGAAAAAGUCAAUCACUACUGUUUUCAUAUUUUUAACCAGCGUAGUAAACAUUGAAAUUAAGUUAACUUCAAUUAACAAUGACUGAAAGUAACAGGUUGUUACAUCAAAGUAAUUUCAACAAUCAUCAGAACUAUGCAUAUGUUGAAAUUGCAUUGAAAAUCCCACAUAGAAAUGUUUAAAAUAUUUUUCAUCCUAUAGUCAAUAUCUAUUGGUUGAAAUUAUGUCUAAUUUUAUA